AUGCCCAGCAUCUUUGCGUACCAGAGCUCCGAGGUGGACUGGUGUGAGAGCAACUUCGUGUACUCGGAGCUGGUAGCUGAGUUCUACAACACGUUCAGCAAUGUCCCCUUCUUCAUCUUUGGGCCUCUCAUGAUGUCCCUGAUGCACCCCUAUGCCCAGAAACGCUCUCUCUGGACCCACGGUGUCUGUGCCAUCUUCAUGGUCGUAGGCCUGUUCUCCAUGUACUUCCACAUGACCCUCAGCUUCCUGGGCCAGCUGCUGGACGAGAUCGCCAUCCUGUGGCUGCUGGCAAGUGGCUACUGCAUCUGGAUGCCCUGCUGCUACUACCCUUCCUUCCUGAAGAAGAACAGGCCCCGGUUCAUCAGGCUGGUCAUCACCACCACCGUGGUCAGCACCUUCCUGUCCUUCCUGCGGCCCACCAUCAAUGCCUACGCCCUCAACAGCAUCGCCAUCCACAUCCUGUACAUUGUGAUCCAAGAGUACAAGAAGACCAGCAACAAGGAGCUUCGGCGUAUCAUUGAGGUCUCCAUAGUCCUGUGGGCCAUUGCCCUGACCAGCUGGAUCAGCGACCGAUUGGUCUGUAGCUUCUGGCAGCAGAUCAAUUUCUCCUACCUACAUAGCAUCUGGCACGUGCUCAUCAGCAUCACCUUCCCUUAUGGCAUGGUGGCCAUGGCCUUGGUGGACGCCAGAUAUGAGAUGCCAGGCCAGACCCUCAAAGUCCACUACUGGCCUCGGGACACAUGGGUUGUGGGGCUACCCUAUGUGGAGAUCAGGAGUGACAAGGCCUGCUGA